GUUCAAUUCAACAACGGCGACAGAGUGGGUGUCAUCAACAUCCUUCAGAUGCAAGCGGGGAAGAUGGUGAAGGUGGCGGAAUACAAUACCUUCACGGAGCAGCUGGACUUUAGCAAGGAGAGGCAAUCAUCUGGAGAGGCGGCCGCGUGCCGAGGGACCGCACCAUCCAGUACGAGGAGAUGCGCCACGUGUCAACACCCAUCUACCUGACGCUGGUGGCGCUGUCCUCCAUAGGUGUCAUCAUGGCCUGCUGCUUCCUCGGCCUCAACAUUCGCUUUCGACGCCACAGGUUCAUUAAAAUGUCCAGCCCCAACAUGAACAACAUCAUCAUCGUGGGCUGCAUCUUGUGCUACCUGAGCAUCGUGCUGCUGGGCACCGACGGAAGCAUCGCCUCCUCCUCUCCCGUUGUCUUCAGAUACUGGUGCAGGGCACGAGCGUGGGUGCUAGCUUUGGGCUUUACUCUGGCUUUUGGAGCGAUGUUCGGGAAAACGUGGAGAGUGCACGCCAUUUUCACUAACAUCAAGUUGAAUAAAAAGCAGGUAAUAAAAGACUACAAGCUGAUGCUCCUUGUACUGGUAUUGGUGCUUGUUGAUGUCGGCAUUCUGAUUACGUGGCAAGUGAUUGAUCCAUUCGAGAAAGCGGAGAAAAAGUUGUCUCCAGAGGUGUACACAGACUAUGAGGUGAUCCCCAAGCUGGAGUACUGCAGCAGUCAUCACAUGGAGAUAUGGCUUGGCUCCAUCUACGCCUACAAAGGUCUGCUCCUGGCCUUCGGCUGCUUCUUGGCGUGGGAGACGCGUCACGUGAGCAUCCCUGCUCUCAACGACUCCAAGUACAUCGGCCUCAGCGUCUACAACGUCGUCAUCAUGUGCACGUGCGGCGCCGCCGUCACCUUUGUUAUCAAGGACCAGCCCACUCAUUCCUUUGUUAUCAUCGCCGUCUUCAUCAUCUUUGCCACCACUGCCACACUGUGCCUUGUUUUUGUGCCAAAGAUAAUUCAGCUGAGGAGGGACCCUAAGGGGGAGGAGAAGAGGAUCAGAGCGACGUUGCGGAAGCCGUCGCCGAGCGUCAGCCUGGAGAACGACCGUUUCCAGCAGCAGGUGAAAGUCACCACAGAGGAGAACCGAAGGCUUCGCGGCUUUCUGGAACAGAAGGCCAAGGAGCUGGAGCACCUGCUGGAGCAGCUGGGUGAGGAUGGGUGCGGGCAGGACGCACACCUCCGCUCCGCCUCGCUCUCCACAAAAAGAUCUUGGAGCUCCGGACAUCGGACGUGUCCCCCAGCAAAGUAUCCAGAACCUCCAGCCACUCCGACGUUGAACUGACGACAUCAACCGCCUCGGAGAUCAGUGAGAUGACGUCAUCCUAUCUGAUACCGGACUCUCCCCCUGGUGGUCGGCAGUUGAAAUCAAGAAUACUCAACAGUCGCAUGUAUGUGGAGGCCAUAGAAAUGGCGGAAAUGAGGCGAAAGUCUUCCUGUACAAUCCCUCCUCCUGCUGAAGAGGAAGUUGAAGAGGAUGAUCCAUUUGGCGGGGUUUACCUGGGCCCUGCAGAACCUCUUCCUCCGAAACGCCAGACAGUUUCGUUAACGAGAAACAGCUCGGCAGACCAUCAGCGCCCGGUGGUGACGACUCCUACCCACGUGUACGAUGGCGGUGGCCGAAACCGUCGUGAUUUCCAGGUGUACGAUGAGCUGAACCAAGAGCGGAGUCAGCACAUCAGCGUGCCUAGCUUCAUAGACCAUGAGGAAGACUUCGACCUCUCCAGAUCUCUGCUUUCGUAACUAUGCAUGCACUUUUGCGGCCCCUCGUCGAAGACGCCAGCGCCCCCUACUCGCUCCGCCAGAGCCACCCGACGUCAGAGCGCACCCCUGACCAUGUGGCCCAUCUCGGAGACAGGGGAGGGCGAGGAGGGCCACUACUCUCGCCUGGACAAUGGCCCGGACACGACGACCCGCCCACAUACCGGGCCAAACCUCAGGGGGGAUAACCGCGAGGUCGAGUGUGCACUCAGCUGGGGAGAUAACCGGGAAGUAGAGUGUGAACUCAGCUGGGGAGAUAACCGCGAGGUAGAGAGUGCAGACAGAAGAUUCAGUUUAGAGGAGUUCCGCAGCCAGUGGUGAAUAGGGAGAACAUGCUGGGGAGAGGCAUCUCUAGUCCCAGUAUAUCUCACAUCACCGAGGUCGUCUUCGAUGAUUUCAGCAAACAAGAUGGAAGUAUGGUUGAUUCUUCACGGGAAGGUGUGACUGAUAGUCCUGUUGGUAGUCAGUCUCGUAGUGUAGACCACAAUGAGCUCCUCCAGCGCAAAGCAACAUUGGGCGGUGACCCAUCGUUUGUUGGGGACCUCAUGAUGGACGAGGUCUUUGUGACUACAGGCUUUGAUGUCCUUAGCAAGGGCCGACAAGCUAAUCUUGAUACAGUGUCUUUAGUCUCUACAACACAAUGUGUAGAAACACUACAAGAUGAAACUAGUUUUAUAGGGACGACCGCAAACAUCACUGACAUUGUGGGCAGGGCGAACUGUGACAGAACAGGUUCUUUGAUAGACAUAGAAGUGGAGUUGCAAACCUGGUUCCAUCGAGUCAGAAGUCCAGGUUGAAGUCCACGAACAGAAUGAAAAACGUGUAUGCAGUAUGCAGACUACACCCAGUGAGCCACUUACUGCGUGUGACGCGGUGCCUUAUGCGGAAAGAGCAAGCGUCAGUAUAGUCAGUGUUUUGGGUGACUCUGCGAGUGCCGUAUCUGACAUUUUCAACGAUGAAGCGAAUAAAAAUCACCAGACGAAACCUCUUGAUAUCUUGCUGACAGCACAAAAGAAAUUGGUGUUGUAGAUAGUUCUGUAAGCUGUCUGCCUGCAAUGGACGCUUGCUCGACAGUUGAUGUAGAAUACGCCACGAUGACAUCUUGCCAGCACCUUCCUGACUCUCCUAACCCUCGGCACACUCUCGACGAAUCACCUCAAAGCUGCCCCGCUGAAACUUUGCCUCCUCGUCGUUACGUCACUUCCAGCAGGGAGGAAGCACCUCUCUGUCACGGAACUUCCGGUUUGCAGGAUGUCGUUCGUGGCCACGUGACGUCUUGUCCAGAGGAAGCACAUGGCUGCCGUCGUGACUUCAUUAGCACAGACCUUGUCUUCCAUGAGCAGCGCACAAUGCUAUCAGCUGAACAGGAUUUCUCGAAGAUUCCACCUGUGCACCAGGUGUCGGACUCUGUCCCUUUGCACAACAACCAGAGGCGCUUGCGACCCAGAAGGUUCAUGACAACCUGGGGCCCUGCACCGCCACACAGAACCCAAGGUGUGAGGGCGCUGCUAGAGGUGUCAGUCAUCCUGGCGUGGGAUUCUCUGUACAGGUGUACCCUGAGCACGUGACACAGGUGCAUCCUGAGCAGAAAGUGGCACCUGUGGCAGAGUAUAGAGUUUUUGAAGGUGGCGCGGACGCCACCAAGCGCGACACACCCGAGCUGUGUGAGGGCCAGCGUCCAUUGCUCUGUAGAUGAAGAAGAACAGGAGUUCUGGGCUUCUCCUGCCACGAUGACAAUGGUGCAGUCUUCGCCAAAUCCGCGAGUGACAUUUAAGUGUGAUGUGAUAGAAAACCUAUAACACUCUCAAUGUCAUACACUCCCGUGUAAAUACCACGCUUUGUUGUGAGAGAAUGAUUAAUAACUUUGAUAUCAGUGGAUCGUUAUGUAAGAAAAUCUUUUUGAACUUUAACUGGCACUGUCAGUCUGAUCUGUUUGUUCUUUUGAAUUCUUGUUUUUAGAUAACACGUUACACUCACCUGGAAAGAGUAAGGAAAUUGGAACAGACAUUGUCACCUUAUCAUUAAUUCUUUUUCUAAGUAUUAACCUCACGAAAUCGUUCAACGUCUGUCUGUAUGAUCUCAUCAGGGCCACUAACUCGUUGACCCAUAGACCUACAUGAAACAGUUACAACUAACAUCUUCAAACUGACAGCGUUUGUUGCUUACCGACAGAUAUUUGACUCAUAACGGGAAAGAUAAUGCAAAUGUUCUAAACUCGAAAGUUAAUGUCUUAUAAUGUUUUUACACUUUGAGUUAGUUCUCUCCCCAAGAUCUACGACAAGGUACGCCUGUCAUACACCAUGCACCCUGUUAGUGUUUGUAUCCUGACCCACCCUGCACUUAGCGAUCGCUUGCUAGAGUUCUCACAUGUGAGUGGCUCACACCGUCAACUUUAGCACAUUCCAGCACUGGGCUGAGUGUCAGAUCCUCAUGCACUCGUGGCACCUCCACUAGCCGCUGGUGACAAGGCCAUGCUUGCUUACACCCUAGCCGGGUAUCGUUUAUACACCCGAGGUGUAACAGCUUCAUUCACCCGUCACUAGUAGACAGCUGAAUACAUAGGAGAAACAUUACACAGAAAUAACAAACAACAGCAGCUGUAUCUCUAUGUUGAGUCUACAGCCAGUGAGAUGUCGGCCGUCACGUGACUGUCCCAUGACAGCUGCUUGAGAGCGAUGCACUGAUGUCCUAUGACAAAUGCUGACAGUGGCACCGGCAGCUGUUUAUCACACGAAAAGCUAUCGAACGCAAACAUGGUGUUGCUUUGAGCCGACAGGAAGAUGCACGUCCUGGCAAUAUUGCGGUCGUCACCCUCGAUCUCAGUCUGACUCCGACUCGGGACAUUAUCAUCUGUAAUUCCUUUGUUUUGCUGGUCCUCGCAGCCACACGUUGUGCUGUCCUGGGUCAUUUGGUGCACACAGCAGAUACCCAACACACUGGCAGACAUUCCAUCCUGACUUUCACAACCAACAUGGUGGUCAAAUCAAGUCUUGCGAAUCGCACGACUUCAGCUGAGAACUGUUAUCUCAGGAGCGAAACAAACGCGCGCACAAACACACAUACAUUUUAUUUCUUCAGUCUUACCCAUUUGCCUGCGUGACUGUCAUUUUGGUGGGUAUUUGUUCUUUAACAGUAUUUUAAUUGGAUUGCAUUUAAAUGUAGAGCUGUAAGAGACUGUGGAGGACGUUAAUGUCAGGUUGUCUCACCUGUUUGUGUCACCUGUGUACAGCGCCGCCUGCUUUGUCACAUUGUAGCUUUCCUUGCUCCCUCGUAAAACAACAAUUCUCCUUCAAGCAUCCAAUCAAAAUGCAGGAGAGCUAAUAUAACUUUCAUUCUAAUCGUGUAUUUGCCGGCGUCUGGGAAGAUUUUUGCGAUGCAGAGGAGUAUCGCUUUCUAGACUAAGAAUCGUGUGUUCCGUUUUUGUAUAAUGUAUAUUUGUGUAGUUUGUAGAUGCGUGUGUGUGUGUUUCAGAAACAGAGGAGAAAGUGGGGUUACAUCAUCAUUAGCAUGAGAGUUUGUAGUUACAGAAUGAAUAAACCGAAGGGAUGUGACAGUUAUUUCGUUUUGAAAUUGUAGGUCUGCCUGUACGAUAACAGUGCAUCGAACUGUCAUAGAACUGACAAAAGAAGAUGCUAGCAUCUGUCUGCUGCAAGUCUCAGGUUCAAAAUGUGUUCAAAUGCAGGUUGUGUACUACCCAUGACCCAGCUGUAUAUCCUACAAACAUGAUAUUAACUGACAUGGACUUCGUUCUCAACAACUCACUUCCACUAAGUCACAUCGUCCAACAUCACAUUUUCCCUCCUUUGUCUUUUACUGAUGCUGGUGUUGACACCUAAACAUCCUUAGUUGUUGUCUACAACAUUUCUGUCUGUGAGAGAGACGGUUCUUUCUGUUGUUGAUUUGUUCAAGAAGUCAUCUCUCCCAUUUAUUCAAAGCAGGAGAAAUGGAUUUAUUCGAUGAAGUAAGAAGACACACAGCCUGUAAGUUUUACUGUUUGUGGAAGAUGACUGGCUACACAGCUUGUAGGAACACAUGUCCACCUGUCUAUUGACUCGUUAAAAGCCAUGUUUGCACGAGCUUUUCUCGUGUUUGUCUCGCAGCACAAUUCUGAUUUCUAGCAAAACUGGCCUCUGAUGAUGUUCAUGCUUUGCUGCACAUGAAAUGAAGGGUUGUGAGUGCUGCCACUUUUAAAUCAGCUUGACUGUUCUUUCCAAUCUUCGAUUCUGACCCUAACAACACCAACAUCAGAGAUGUAACCAUCAUCAGGCAAUAAAACAUUUUCACAUCCAUAACCACCGCCGACAAACAGUGGAGCCAGUGAUAUAACUGCUGCUAUGCACUCACAAGAAUGCACCAACCGCCAUGUCCACCCCUUUCACUCUUGUUAAUGGAGAUCGUUGGUAUCGGGUAUUUUCAUCUCAUCCCAGUUUAUACUUCCAGCCUUCUGUCCUCCCCGCCACAAUGUCACUGCUGCGUCUGCUACAUAGCAAUGGAAGUUGCUUCAUGGACCGAAGUGUUGCAAUUUAGUAAAUGCUGCUGCUGUUGGGUUUUUAAAAUUCAUUUUACUUUUGAUUUAACUUAAAGUUUGAAUUCUCACACCGUUCUCCGUGUAAGUCUUCGGACUUGAACUCAUUGAAACUGUAACACGAAGUGUUUGGUGAUACUGUUGUCAUUGCUUCUGCCAUGGAUGUUCCUGGAUACAUGGUGUUACUGAGUGAUGAGAGGAUGAUGUGCUAUAACGGGUUUGCACUCUAACCUUCGCCUUGAGUGACUGGAAUUAUGUUCACCUAGCUGUACACUUGCCUUGUAUUGCCACCACAUUCUUAACGGUCACUACUGUCACAUGUGUCAAACUUAGUGUCCAUUCAACUUUCCCAAGAUAACUAUUUAUUGAACACAUUCUAUUCUACGGCUACACGCCAGCGACUUGAAGUUUGUUGUAUUUGCUAAUAAUAAAGUUGAAAUAUGUGUUUGUGAUGUUGUCAUUAAUAAAGAUUACAUUCUGUAAACUGUAGCAUGCUCACAUCUGUAAUGACAGUGAGUGUCCCCGACAUAUUUCAUUCCCACCUGCUUGCCCACAACAUAUUUCCCGAGCCUGUCCUCACCAGGACAAGACUACAUCCUUUACCUACAAGUGACACACUUAAUUCUUGCUACAUGUUAGUUCAAUAUUUCUUGAUUUCUUGGCCAUUUGAUUUCGAUUUCCCAUAAACCUAUCUUUCCUGAAUGGCGGUGUUUUGAUGCUAAGCUAGUUCAGUUUUAUUCUUACUUGUACGUUUUAUAUCAUUUUUCUGUGGCCGUUCGAAUAUCUCGACGAAUGCCUCCUCGUCUAUUGAAUGUAGAGAAAACUACAAUAAACUGUCUUACAUAUUUAGUUUCUAAUUUAUUUUUCAUUUCUGUCUUUCUUGUGCAAUGACACUAAAUACACAAAAUACCCUAAAUACACGGAAUACACUUAUUGUAUUGAAAAUGUGGUCAUGCAUUUGAGUAAAUUAUAAAAAAUACAGUUUUUUACCCAA